AUGGGAAUCCCCCGUCUCUCUCAAGACCUCUAUUCCUACGCGGAACAAGUGACCCUGGGCACAUCAAUCCCGACCAGCCCGACACCUGAUAUAUCCACUACAUCUUUGAUAAUCGAUGGGCCAUCACUUGUAUAUUUGGUCUAUAACAAACUCCUAGCAUACCAUUCUUUAGGCUCAUUUACCCACUCUCCAUCCAUCCCGACCUACGCCGAAAUUAACCAGACUUUGCACCAUCUCCUCUCUGACUUCCAGAACCACGGUGCCGAAAUUCAAAAGAUAUUCUUCGACGGAGCAUUGCCUAAAUUAAAACGAGAUGUCCGACUGGAUCGAAUGGAGAAGCUACGCCGACAACUCGAAACAUAUCGGCAAGUCCACGCGGAAUUUCCUUCAAUGACACAUCCUCAUCCAACCCCUCCGUUUGAGAGUGUUCUAUGGGAGACGAGAGCGAUGUCGACAGGAAAAUUAACGUGGCCUGCUCCACCAUUCAUGGUCGCCAGCGCCAUUGAAUCCCUACGGAGCACCCGGUGGAGAAAUCUGGUCCAUGUCAUUCCCGAGGAAGCCGACACAUUCUGCGCUGCUGCUGCUAGAGACUCCGACGCAUCGAUUCUGACGAAUGACUCAGACUUGGUCAUUCAUGGUCUCGGGCCCAAGGCACGGGUCAUCCUCCUCCACUCGAUCGAAAAAAAGAUUACAAGUCCAUUGCAAGUGACGGUUAUCAUGGCUUUGGCUUUAAAACCACGCUCCGUAGCAGAAAGACUGAAAGUAUCGUCGUUCAUGAGAUUCGCUUUUGAGCGAUCUCUGGACUCAAGCGCAUCGACCGCCGUCAUUCGCGAGCGAGCAAGAGAUGACUCGAGACUCGAGAGGCAUCAAGCCGAGUACGCAGCAUUUGUAAAAGAGUAUUCGCCCUCGUUACCUGCUCAGCUAGAAUUUCAAGGAUGCUUGGAUGAUCUCGAUCCGCGAACUGCAGAGCUCAUUGUUGACAUGGCCGGCUCUGCACAAGUCUACCUCACGCCUAUGUUGGAAGACCCUUCACGCGAUUCCUCAUGGACGUACGGUGCUGAAAUUCGACAACUCGCAUAUUCCCUGCUCGAGCUUACCGUUUUCAAACCUCAUAAUUUCAACUUCGCCACCGAACAUGUCAAGAAAGGCCAGCGAAUCGCGACAGUGGCAGUCCCAUAUUUGCCACGGUCGCAUAUCGAAGAACAUUUAGUAGAACUGCUUCAGCUUCUCGACAACAAAACUCCGAACUCACCUUCUGCCCUAAAAAACUCCGACCCCGUCUUACUCUUACAGUGGUACACAAUAUCCUUCUCCAUUGUACAACAGAAGAAGCUCAUCAUGGUCAAACGUGCCCCGACUCUAUUAGAAGUUACCAAUCUCUGCGGUCUUUCGACGAAUACAUUCUCAAGUUCAAGUCCAAGAGUAUCAUGGGACGCCACCCAUCUACUGGCCAACGCCCAAGCCACGCUCUACUCCCUCCGAAUGCUCAAGCAAAUCACUCAUUACAUCCUAUCCCAAUCGAACCCUCAAUUAAGAGAUGAAGAUCAUAGCAACCUUCUUCUCUCACUGCGAGAACUACAUACCAAGCUCAAAGACAUGCCUGAAAUCGAGCAUCUUUUUCUCGACAUACCGAACCUCCGCUUUCACAUGAGGAAAUUGGAUCUCGAGACGAGAAACAACGCACUCGCACAAUUGAAAGACAUACUGGACCCUUGUCAACUUACCGUGAAGAACGAAUCAGAGUACGCGAUUUCGCAUGCACAAGACGGAGCAGGAAUUGAUGGAGACGGUGAAUGGAUUUCGAAAAAGCGAAAGAAGAAACGGAGACGAGAGCCAUCAAAUGCCAGUAAUGCGGUCAAAUCAACACAAAGCACCAACACUUUCAGCCUGUUGAUGGAAGAAUGA